AUGCCGGUUAACAUAACCUCAAUUCUAACGUCCUCAAAUGGAGUAUGGCAAGGAGACAAUCCAUUGGACUACGCCUUCCCACUCCUUAUAGUUCAAAUCACCUUGGUCCUCAUCGUUACCCGCUUCCUCGCUUUCCUCUUCAAACCUCUCCGACAACCCAAAGUCAUUGCUGAAAUUGUCGGUGGAAUUCUGUUAGGGCCAUCUGCAUUGGGAAGGAAUCAAAGUUACAUGCAUCGAAUUUUCCCAUCAUGGAGCACGCCAAUACUUGAAUCUGUAGCAAACAUUGGCCUUCUUUUCUUCCUCUUCCUCGUUGGUCUCGAGCUCGAUCUCAAUUCAAUUCGACGCAGUGGUAGAAGAGCAUUCACCAUAGCAGCCGUCGGGAUCUCCCUCCCUUUCAUCUGCGGCAUCGGCGUCGCCGUUAUCCUCCGCAAAACCAUCGACGGCGCCGACAAAGUCGGUUUCGCUCAGUUCCUUGUUUUCAUGGGAGUUGCGCUUUCCAUCACCGCAUUCCCUGUGCUCGCCCGCAUCCUAGCCGAGCUCAAGCUCCUGACCACGACCAUCGGAGAGACGGCCAUGGCCGCCGCCGCAUUCAACGACGUGGCCGCGUGGAUCCUCCUUGCCCUGGCGGUGGCAAUCUCGGGGGACGGUAGCGGCGGGAAUCACAAGAGCCCUCUGAUUUCAGUUUGGGUUCUGUUAUGCGGUGUGGCGUUUGUUAUAUUUAUGAUGGUUGUUAUCCGACCCGUGAUGAAACGGGUCGGGCAGAGGUGUUCGUUGGAGCACGAAGCAGUGGACGAAGCUUAUAUUUGUUUGACGUUAGCGGGGGUAAUGGUAUCCGGGUUCAUGACGGAUAUGAUCGGGAUCCACGCAAUAUUCGGAGCCUUCGUGUUCGGUUUGACUAUUCCAAAGGGUGGGAAUUUUGCGGAGAGGUUGAUAGAGAGGAUUGAGGAUUUUGUUUUGGGUUUGUUAUUACCACUCUACUUUGCCUCUAGUGGGUUGAAGACUGACGUCACUAAGAUCCAUGGCGGCGAGGCUUGGGGGCUUCUGUUUCUCGUGAUUUCCACGGCGUGCGCCGGCAAGAUUCUCGGCACGUUCGUGGUGGCGUUGAUGUGCAUGAUUCCGGCGAGGGAAUCGCUUACACUUGGCGUGCUCAUGAACACCAAAGGCCUCGUGGAGCUCAUCGUACUCAACAUUGGAAAGGAGAAAAAGGUUUUGAACGAUGAAAUAUUUGCAAUCUUGGUGCUCAUGGCUCUAUUGACCACCUUCAUCACAACCCCAGCAGUGAUGGCCAUGUAUAAACCAGCUCGUGGCAUCAUAGCCAAGACCCACCGCAAGCUAGGUGACCUCUCCUCCGCCUCUAAUCAUGGUGUCGUGGACGAGCUACGUGUCUUGGCCUGCGUCCAUGGACCUGGCAAUGUCCCUUCCAUCAUCGCUCUCAUCGAGUCAACUCGUAGCACCAAGAAGUCCCUCCUCAAGGUUUUCAUCAUGCACCUCGUUGAGCUCACAGAGCGAUCCUCCUCCAUCAUUUUGGCUCGCCGUGCUCGCAAGAAUGGCUUCCCUUUCUUCAACCGCUUCCGGGGCGGCGAGUGGCAUGAUCGCCUCGCUGGGGCCUUCCAGGCCUACAGUCAACUGGGCCGGGUCACUGUCCGGCCCACUACAGCCAUCUCUUCUCUCUCCACCAUGCACGAUGACAUCUGCCACGUGGCGGAGGAAAAGAGGGUGACCAUGAUCAUCUUGCCAUUCCACAAACAGUGGAGGAUGAUGGAAGUGGACGGAGACAGUGGGAGUCACGAGGUGUCGGAGAACGUGGGCCACGGAUGGAGAGUGGUGAACCAGAAGGUACUCAAGAACGCACCUUGCUCCGUGGCUGUGCUUGUGGACCGAGGAUACGGCAAUACCGAUGGGCCUAAUAAUCCAGGCCCAAAUAACACUGUGACCCAACGUGUAUGCAUCGUGUUCUUUGGUGGGCCCGAUGAUCGAGAGGCUCUAGAGUUGGGUAAGAAAAUGGCUGAGCACCCGGCAGUUAAAGUGACAGUUGUAAGGUUCGUUGAGAAAGAUGGAUUGAAUAGUAAAAGCAUUGUGUUGCGCCCCUCACCCGACAAAAGCAGCGACAAAAGCUACAGUUUCUCCACCGCUAAAAUGAACCGCGAACAAGAAAAGGAGUUGGAUGAGAAGGCAAUGGGAGAGUUUAGAAGCAAGUGGGAUGGGAUGGUUGAGUAUAUAGAGAAGGUUAGUGGGAAUGUUGUGGAGGAGGUGUUGGGAACAGGGAGAAGUGGGGAUUAUGAUUUGAUAAUUGUUGGGAAGGGUCGGUUUCCGUCGAGUAUGGUGGCGGAACUGGCGGAGAGGCAAGCGGAGCACGCGGAGUUAGGACCUAUUGGGGACGUUUUAACAUCGUCGGGACAGGGGGUUGUGUCGUCGGUGUUGGUUAUUCAACAACAUGAUGUGGCUUUAGUAGAUGAUUCACCCGUGUGUAAAGUGCAUGGUGGUGGGUCUAACAGGUUUAUAGCUGAGGAUUCGUCACAUGGGGAAAUACAAGUGCAACCUGAUGUUGUGUGAACUACUGAACUGAAGUGUGUUUAUAACCACUAUGGGAUCAAGGUCUUAACGGCUCUGAUUCUUCUUUUAAAUUUCAAGUAAAGAUUUAGCUUCAUCAAAUUCUGUAUAUACGA